UCGUAUACGUUGAUGCUGUCAAGGUCGUUACCCAUCCCAAACAACACGUGUUUAUCGCAUUGAUGUAACUCGUCAUCACUAAUCAUCACUGCUAUCUCAUAAUAUUGUUGCUGUUGUCUGUCGAGGGUGCGCCUCCCACAUAUUUAGACGCACUCAAGUAUUUUUAUUGAAAUCGUCAAUCGUGUCAUUGUUUAUUUAUUCAGGUUAUUGUGCACUGAGCAUGGAGAUGACUAAAUUGAAUUCCUGUGUUGACGUGCCACUGACAGGUGGAAUUCUCGAGGAAACUGUUGACAAAGCCAAGGAUUUUGCUCUGAUGCAUGGUAUGUGCAUGCACUGGAAGGAGAAUUUUGAUCGAAAUCGAGUGCAAGUAGCCAAGUUUAUGUUAUUACCAACAACUUUUCCCACGAACGAGUUCUCCAAGGCCCAGAAUAUUCAGGUCCUCGUUAAUAAAUUGAUUCACAAAGUGUCAUGUGAUCAUGACUUCCUCACGGAGGCAUUGAAAAGCACUAUCGAAACUGACGAAUUGACCUCCGAACUGUUUAAAAUCUACAAAACUGUUCAUCAAGAAGGAUUUGCUCAGAAAAUCAGUCUGGGGCUUUUGCGGUCUGACUACAUGUUGGAUAAUGAUUCAAAAAUAAAACAGGUGGAAGUCAACACAAUGGCGUCGAGUUUCGCAGGGUUAUCUGAAGUCGUUACCGAGUUGCAAAAGUAUAUUCUCGGAGAAUUGGGGCAUUUCGAUAAGACUGUCAAUCUUCCAGAGAAUCAUUCAGCUACAGGACUGGCUGAGGGACUGGUUGAUGCCUGGAAAGCUUAUAACAACCAAGAGGCAGUGAUUUUAUUCGUUGUUGAAGAGAUAACCUGCAACAUUUGUGACCAGAAAGCUUUGGAAAUAGGGAUUCGACGGAGAAAUCCUAGGAUCAGAGUCAUCCGUAGGACUUUUAAAUAUUUAAUCGAAAAUGCUCAGCUUCGGCCCAAUAAGGAAUUGAUAGUGGAAAAUAAUUUAGUAUCAGUCGUGUAUUAUCGAACUGGUUACGAGACAUCUGCCUAUCCCACAGACAGAGAAUGGGAGUUGAGACUUCUGAUCGAACGAUCUCGUGCCAUCAAAUGCCCCUCCAUCCAGUACCACCUAGCUGGUACGAAGAAAGUCCAACAAGUUCUAGCGCAACCAGGGGUUCUGAGGAGAUUUCUGUGUGAAAGUGAAGUAUCGAAGGUUCAAGAUGCCUUCGUAGGACUUUAUUCACUUGAUUUCGAUAAGCUCGGAGAUGAAGCUAUGGAGAUGGGUCUCGCGAAUCCUGAAAAGUACGUUUUGAAGCCACAACGUGAAGGGGGUGGUAACAAUGUAUAUGGCCUUGAUGUAAAGUCAAAACUAGAAGCCAUGAGGAACUCGAAGGAGCGAACAGCUUGGAUCCUUAUGGAACUGAUAAAAACUCCAAUCCACAGAAAUUACCUCAUCUCUCCAAACAUCCCGAAACCCUCACUUCAGGAUUUUGUCUCCGAAUUGGGCAUUUACGGCGUCAUCCUCGGAGAUGACAAUGAAAUCAGGGUGAACAAACAAGUUGGCCACGUGAUACGAACAAAACCCCUGGGAGAGGACGAAGGGGGAAUAAUUGCUGGAGCUGGAGCCCUGGAUUCUCCCUAUUUAUUAUAAAUGUUUUUGUAUUUUUUAACUUGACCUAAUGGAGCACUAAAUCAAAAUAUAUUAUAAUCGUGUUGAGGA